AUCCAACCCCUGGUGAAAAGUGGAACCAUAGUGCCAUGGUUUGUUUCCACACGGACCAGCAGCAGCAGAUAUGGCAACCUGCACGCGCACUGUUUGGAAAGUUUUGUCAGGAUGUCAGAAGCAGCUGCUGAGUGCUGGCGGUCCUACGUAUACGGCUGUAUUACAGCCAGCACAGAGGAAUCUACCCAUCCGGACCUUUGCAGCUGUCAAGGCCCUAAAGAAAGACAAAAAGGACAAUGCAAAGACGGAAGAGAAGAAAGAGAAGAGAAUUAUCGAUGACAAAGACAGACACAAGCCAUACGGCAAGACUGCAUGGGUGCCUGUGGAUGACGUCUACGUUAAGAGGUUUUAUCCCAGAACCAUCCACAGCGCAGCCGACAGCAUCGAAAUGCUGAAGAGAUUCCAGAAGCUGGACUUUACUCCUGUCAAUCAACCUGUCUACAUCGACCUAAGGCUGGACAUGAAGCUGGAGAAAAAGAAAAAGAUUGACCCCUUCGUCAGCACCGUGCACUUGCCGCACCCCUUCGGGACAGAGAUGAACAAAGUUUUGGUUUUCACUGAGGAUUCUACUCAGGCGAAAGUUGCUCAGGAGAACGGAGCAGCUUUUGUUGGAGGCGUUGAGCUCAUUCAGCCGAUUCUGGAUGAUGAGAUUUCAGCCGACUUCUACGUAGCCGUUCCUGAUAUCCUUCCAAAGAUUUUACCUCUGAAAAACAAACUGAGGAAGAAGUUUCCAAAGAGCAAAAGAGGCACAGUCAGCAAUAACCUCCCCAAGACGCUGGAUUUGUUUAAAAUGGGUCACGAGUACCUGGUGGAGAGCGACUGCUACAUCAGGACCCAGAUCGCUAUGCUUGACAUGUCCAGUGAGCAGAUCUUAACCAACCUGCAGACGAUCCUGAGCGACAUUUGUUCCCACCGCCCAGCCAGCCUGGGACCUUUCAUCGAGCGGGCCAUCAUGACCAGUCAGACCAGUGAAGCGAUCUGGUUCAGAACUGAAGAUAUUCUACCAGAAGUGGCUCCAGCAAAGGAGGAAUGAGCUUUCCUUCAGCCUGUAUCUAAGCACUGUACCGAAUAAAGUUUUUUUUCUGGUA